ACAUUUAAAAUUGAUUAAUUUUGAAUUAUUAAUCAGGUUAAUUUGAGUAAUAAUUUGAUGUUUUUUGUUACAAAUAAGGCAAUUUCUUUAAUGUAUGUUGAUAAGGGUUUUCAGUUUAGUAAUUUAUUUUUAUAUUUGUUAUUUUUCUUAUUUUUUGGACGUUAUUUUUUUUAAGUUAAUCGUAAAAUAUUGUGUGUACAACUUUUAUGCAUUUAUUACCGGAAAGCAUAAUAAUUUUUAGAUAAAAGCAUGUUUGCAUGUUUAUUUGAUAAUUAAUUAUCAUACAUUCCUCAAAGCAUAAUGUGCGUAUAGGAGCUUAAAUGGUUGGUUUUGUCCAAUUCGUUAUGUGGUAACACAGAGAUGAAUCUUCAACCUUUCUCUUUGCUCAUAAGUCCCUGUAGCUAAUAGGUUUUGAGCUUUGAGAAGCUUAUAGUGUUUCUGUGGUGCUGGACUUUCAAUUUUAUUGCGUUGUUGAAAUCUUUACGCCCUUUGUUUUUUAAGAGCCUUAGUUUUUAGCCAAGAUUUCUCAUGUGCUCUGAAAAACGACAGCGUUACGCAUGUUAGCCCCCUGUGAAUACAUAAUCUAAAACCAAAGAGAAGCUGUGAACAUGGAUCAAUAAAGUCCAAUAAGCCCGUAAAAACCAUAUUAAGUCAUUUUAUUAGAAUAUUUUAAGAAGUUUUAUAUAAAUUCACAAUACUUUUUUAAACUGGAGUUAGACUAUGUUGCCCCAUGUGGUGAUUUAAGGAAUUGCACCAUGACGCUUCAUAAUUACACCUGCAUUGUUGUUGUUUUUCUUUCUUUUAUUCAUUGGCAUUCUACCAAAAAGCAAUUGUUUACAAAACAUCUUUGCAGAAUCACUCAGGAGGCAGAAGCGAUGUACGAGUACUUGAGUAAUAACUGUACCUGCACAUACGCCUUGGGUGCGUUCGUGCUGCUGUGGGUUCUGGUGUGGUUCUACCGGGACAACCUGGAGAUCACCAAGGUCUCGGAGAAACACGUUUUUGUAACAGGUUGCGACUCUGGGUUCGGACACCUACUGUGCAAACGCCUGGACAAACGUGGUUUCCGUGUCCUAGCCGGGUGUCUCACGGAAAAGGGUGCAGAUGAUCUGAAGAGGGCGACGGGACCUUUCCUGAAGACCUGCAUUUUGGACGUGACCAGCACAGAUAGCAUUCAGAAGGCUUUGGAAUGGACCAAAAAAGAAGUUGGAGAUAAAGGACUAUGGGGUCUUGUGAACAACGCCGGGCGCUCGCUUCCCAUGGGUCCAUCCGAAUGGAUGAAAAUCCAAGACUUCGAAAGCACGCUCAAAGUCAACAUGACUGGUGUUAUCGAGAUGACCAUGAACUUCUUUCCUCUUGUCAAAAAGGCCCGUGGACGAGUGGUGAACGUGGCCUCAGUGUUGGGAAGAGUGGCCGCUAACGGCGGAGGGUAUUGCAUCUCAAAGUUUGCAGUGGAGAGCUUCUCUGAUUGUCUCAGGAGGGACAUCCAGAAUUUUGGGGUCAAUGUGUGCAUCAUCGAACCUGGUUUCUUCAAGACCCAGGUGACCAGUCUGGAGCCCAUCGAAAGGGAACUCCAUCGCCUCUGGAACCAACUGACCCCUGAAGUAAAGGAGAGUUAUGGAGACAAAUACUUGGAUAAAUAUAUCAAGAUCCAGAGGCUGAUAAUGAACACCAUUUGCGACUCUGACCUCAGUAAAGUGACCAACUGCAUGGAACACGCCCUGCUGGCCGUCCACCCGAGAACACGCUACAGCGCAGGCUGGGAUGCCAAGCUCUUGUGGAUUCCCUUGUCUUAUAUGCCCGCUUGCAUUGUAGAUAUCGCCCUGAAGCUGGUGUUGCCAAAGCCAGCAAAAAGUGUCUAGAUUUGGACGUGAGUGUAGGACCGAUUCCCUUAAAUCUUAACCUUUCAUGUUCCUCUUAUGAUACACUGGAUGACGCUUUAUUUUGGGGUCUUACAAAGUAACUAGAGUUUACAAACACUAUGUGUCUGUAAAUUUAAUACUGUAGUAUUUAUGAUGCAAAGUUAUCUGGUUACUAGACACUAUUAGUAAUUUUGUAUAUUUAUGAACUAUUAUGCAACGUAAUUAAAAUGUGCCUUUCUAAGUGCAUCACC